CCCAAAGACACUGUCGCGUAAUUUUUUUCCUUUUCCUUUUUGUUUUGAUCUCUCUCAUCUCGACGCGGGUCCAAGAUCAGGAUAAGCUACCUUGGCCAAACAACCACCCCGACGAAUUGAUUCAUGCGAUUCUUGCAUUAACGAAUUCAUCUUUUAAACCUGACAACGCGAUCGAGUUAGGACGUGAUUUUUUUUAGGCACUGAGGCUAUCUUAGCAACACCCCCAGCAAAUCCAUCUCAAAAGACAACUUUUCCCACCUGGGAAGCACUGGCGCUCCUUUCUGCUGCCACCCAUCGCAAUCACAAACAAAGCCAGCAGACCAGCCACCUCAUCACAAGGAAGCGCCAUGUCAUAUCAGACGGUGUUCAUUGGGCGGGAGGUCGAGGCGACCAGAGAGGACAUCAUGAUGCGACCCUCUUCCACAACAAGCCCAAUCAUGGGUGAUAUCAGUAUGGGCCAGGAACAGAAUGAGAAUGACUUGGAUUCCUUCCCUCUGGUCACCUCGGAUUUAUUCGGUUUGGGUGCAAGCAGUGUUGCUGCUGAACCUCCAGCUGCAGGCCCUAACGGCAGAGAAGAAGAAUACUACAACAUUAGCCCUAGGCCUGAAGCUACUUCUAAUCAGUUGGAGGAGCUUGGUCAUUCAGAGGAUCACCAUCCAGAGGAUCGUCAUUCAGAGGAUCGUCAUUCAGAGGACCUGCGUCAUUCAGAGGACCUAGGUGACUCCGAGGAGCGACGCCAUUCAAAGGACCUCGGUUAUCUAGAGGGCGAUCAUUUAGCCCCGCUGGAAGAGAGCCCGGCCAUGGAUGACUCUGCGCCCAAUACCCCGGAGGCCGAAUCAAUUGCGAAACCCGCUAAGAGGAGAGGUCGUCCACCCAAGGCCAAGUCCAAGGUCGAAGCAGCUCCAGUUGCGCAGGCACAGCCCGCUGUCAAGAAACGCGGUCCCGGUCGCCCUCCGAGAGCUGCUGCCACUACCACUGCCGCUGCUCCUCCCGCGCCAUCGCAGCCAGCACCCAAAAAACGCGGUCGCCCUCCCAAGUCCGCCAAAGCUUCUGAAGAUGAGGCUCCAGCCAAAAGGCGCCGCACUGACUCCGCUGCCGGUCCGUAUCCCCCAUUCCCAACGCCCAUUUCGCGGUUCUGUAUCUUUCACUCGCGCACUGGAGAACUGACGCGUUACUUCUAGAACCACGCCGCCUGCGGGGCUCCCUCUCGGCCACCCAACCUGC